AUGACAUUUGGGUUGAUGACAGGCCACAUAUACGACAGUGGUCCCAUAAGAGAGGUAGUCAAGUCUGUUACAGAUUUUAAAAUAACUGAUGAGAAAAUACCCUUAAAUCACAGCUUUAAGAAGGAGAAAACUAUAAGACAUGUUGGCUGUUUCUCUUCAUCAGACUCUGCGAAAAAAAUUCAGGUUGGAAUCUGUUUGCUUCUGGUGGAGCUGUGUGAGAGGUUCAUUUUCUUUGAAGUUGUCUGCAAUAUGAACCCUUUUUGCGCCAUCAAGCUUGGCUAUGGCAACUCCCAGGCAGCCAUUUUGAACUUGUGUUUUACUGGAAUUUCAAUACUCACCCCUGUGUUUGCGAGAUGGCUUGCUGAUGUCUGUCUAGGAAGAAAUAAACUGGUAUAUAUUUGUUUAUUUCUACAUUUUCCACGCACUGCUUUGCUAUCUGUGGUUGCUUUCCCCUUGGAAGAUUUCUAUGUGGGUAUUUACCAUACGAUUAACAACAUACCAAAAAACGAGUGGAACAGGCUGUUUUAUGUACCACUGUUGGCCAUCUGCCUCACCACGGGAGGAAUAAGAGGCAUCAUUUGUCCACUGGAUGCUUACAGCCUUCAGGAGUAUGGAUCACAGAAAUGAAUGUCUUUUUUUAAUUGGUUUUAUUGGAUCGUGAACCUAAAUACAACUGCUAUCUUUCCGGGAAUAUCUUACAUCCGGCACUCAGGGGCCUGGGCUCUGGUUUUACUUGUUCCUUUUACGUCUACGCUUUUGGCUCUGAUAACUUUUCAUAUGAUGCACUAUAACCUGAUCUAUCAGCCAGAAAAAUGUUGCUCCCUCCUGACAACCUUUAGGGUGUUUGUUAAUGCACUGAAAACAUGCUGUCUGCGAUAUUGCCAUCUUGGCAGAGACGUGACAAGCUGGUUAGACCAUGCCAAGGAAAAAAAUGGUGGCUGCUACAGUGAACUCCAUGUAGAAGACACAAAAUUGUUUUUCACCCUUCUCCCUGUCUUCAUUUCUCAGCUCCUACACAGAAUGUGCAUUAUGCAGAUUCCUUCAGGAUAUUAUCCGCAGACCAUGAAUUCCAACCUGAAUUUGGAUGGAUUUCUUCUGCCCAUUGCAGCAAUGAAUGUCUUCAGCAUCCUACCACUGUUAAUUCUGCACCCCCUCUUUCCCUCUAAGAGAAAUGGGCCAUUUCUGUCAGCAUGCAUUAUUGCUGGAAAUCUUUCAGCUGCAUUGUCUGUGAUGAUAGCUGGCUUCUUGCAAAUACACAGAAAACACUUCCCUCAAGUGGAACAGCUACUUUCAGGCAAAGUUUUCACCGUUUCCUCCAUGCCCUGUUUCCACCUGAUUCUUCAGUACAUUUUACUUGGAGUGGCUGAAACAUUGGUCAGCCCUGCCUUCUCUGUAAUAUCAUACAGAUUGGUUCCAAAUACCGUCAGAGGACCCUCUAUGAAUUUUUUGACACUGUUCAAUGGAUUCGCUUGUUUCACAGUGACACUGCUGGUGGGGUUGGUAUAGCUCAUCUCAGAAGGCAAUUGGUUUCCAAACACAUUAAACAAAGGCAAUUUAGAAAGCUUCUUCUUCUUGGCAUCAUUAACGUUGUUGAACGCCCUGGGAUUCUGGAGUGUUUCACAAAGAUAUUGUAAUCUAAAUCAUUUUAAUGCCCAGAACAUCAGUGGAAGUAAUCUUGAAGAAACACUUCUCCUCCAUGAAAAGUCUCUGAAAGUUUAUGGCAGUACACAGGAAUUUUCUUCAAGUAUUGAUCUUUGGGAGACAGCCCUAUGA